AUGUGUGCAAGGUGAAGAAAUGGAUUUGGUAGCCAGAGCCAAGAGGUUCAGGGAGAUCCAGGACCCUAUCGAGAACCUGGACAUGAAGGAACAGUGCUCCUUCGGGGAACGGAUACGAAACUACCUGUUUAGCUUCGCAACAGAAGCUAGCUGGUUCACGAACCACGGCUCAUUCGGAGCGGUUCCCUGGCCCGUGUGGGACGCACACUCCCACCUGCUGAACCGAGUUGACGAACACCCCGAUACCUGGUUCAGGAGAGACUUGAAUCCGCUCUAUUUCGCCGCCUGCGACGCUGCAGCCAAGUUUGUCGGAGCUUCAAAUGAAGAGGUGGUUCUAGUAGACAACGCUACGACGGCCGUCAAUACGGUCCUGCGGAGUCUGCGACUGGGAGAGAAGGACGGAGUGAUGGUCACGUCUUUUUCCUACGCCGCAUGCUCUAUUGCGGCUCGUGCAGUCUGCGAGUCCACGGGAGCAAAGCUGCAUGUGAUGGAAAUAAACCUCCCCAUAAUCAGCAGGGAGAGCAUCGUCCAAAUGUACAGGGAGUAUCUGGACGAGAAUCGUGACGUGACGUUUGCUCUGGUGGACCACAUCACCAGCCCAUCUGCAGUAGUGAUGCCUGUGAAGGAGAUAGUGAGGGUGUGCCGGGAGAGAGGGGUGAAGGUGAUGGUGGAUGCUGCUCACUCCCCGGGGCAGCUUCCUCUUGAUGUGAAAGAUAUCGGAGCCCAGUUUCUCACUGGUAACUUCCACAAGUGGGUGUUCUGCACCAGAGGCUCAGCUCUGCUCUAUGUACAAGAUGGACUCCAGAGCUCUAUCUACCCACUGGUGGCCUCCCAUGGCUACUACGACAGUUUCAGGGAGAGGUUUGUGAGCCAGGCCACUCGUGACAUGGUCUCCUUCUGUGUCACUCCAACUGCCAUCAGCUUCUUUGAUAAGAUCGGGGGACUGGUAGCUGUGACGGAGUACAACACCUCUUUGAUCUCGUGGGCUACUGACAUGCUCUGCGAGCACCUCUCCCUCUCUCCACUCCCAGUCCCGCCCGAGAUGAAGGCUCCGUUCAUGUCAUUAGUGGUCCUCCCACCCUCUCUCGGUCCUCCCACUCCGGAGAACGAGAAACGACUCAUGGACAAGAUAUUCUCCGACUACGGUGUCCAGACUGUCAUCUGUGUGGUUGACAGGAGACUAUGUUGCAGGAUCUCAACACAAGUCUAUAAUAUCAGACAGGACUACGAGAAGUUGGCUGAAGCACUCGAGAAUGAAAUAAAACAGACCAAUAAUUGUGUAUGAUGGAAUUACAUGAAUCUCUUAUUUUGAAUGUACACAAUGGUGAUUUUUCUGGCUUAGCGUAAACUGUGACAUUAUGUAAGGUCCUUCACGAAAAAUCGGAACAUCUCAACAGUUUACAAUACUACGAACUGAAGCACUCGACAAUAAAACUAGUAUUUCUGUAUUAAAUUUAAUUUUCGUGGAAUUGAUCUUUUUGGGUCAGAUCAGAGUGUAAAAAACGGUGGCCCUUCUGUAGGAAGAGCAACACCUAUGUCUCGUUCCCCCCUAUUUUCUCUCUCCUUUA